UUAGGGCGUGUACACGCAAAGGCGAUCCAGCAGCACUUUCUCAUAGUGUAUAACGUAGGGUAGACAUCUUAACAGUUUUGCGCCAUCUGAUGAGCGUAUUUUCAUUGUUAACUGCCCGGUCUAAUUGUCAGAUCGUUUCAUAUACAUUAUGAAAUGGACAUUCUAGAAAACAACUGUGGCUAUAAAUUCGCGAGAAGUAAUGCUAUAGUGUAGCAACAGGCGGCACUAAAAAUCACGAAAAAGGCUUGAAUUUUAAGGACUUCUCAUCAUCGACCAGCUCAUGACUUUUACAUUAGAACCAAAAGAACAGCUGAGGCUGGAAAUAAACUGGAGUGAAAGGUAUGCCAUAUAUGCGCUUCUCUCAUCUAUGUUUGAAGAGGCUGACUGAGCUCCACAUUUGGCCACGAGGGUGUAGUUUUGAUAUCUUCGUCUUGCAUCAAGAAAAGUUCAUGCCGUGUCAGAAGAAACCGUGCCAUCAUGCCUGCUUGCUCUCUCAAGAGAUCUCACUUGGAGUUGGUCUCCUCUUUGAUUUUGAUCUUCCAAAUGUUUUUGAUUUUCUUCUUUACGUUUCACACGGAGACAAGAAUCUUACCACGUUCGAGAAGAAAUGAUACCAAUCCCGGUCCACAGCGGCACGACCCAAGCUGUUAUCUGAAAGAAAAACUCGAAAAACACAACAUGCCUAUCAUCCAUUCCAUUUUCGCUGAUCCCGUCAAGAAUCAAGUUGUGGCAGUCGGUGUUCGCUUCUGGUUCGAACGUUGGCAUGAGGAAAUGUUUUAUUGCGAGUUCCAUGGACCAAGAGGGGGGUUAUUUAUUCAACUUACUGACCCCAUCCUUAAGGACUACCAGCGAUUCGGUGCUACAGCUCAGUAUGUCCUCGUCUUGAUUUGUCCCAUUCCUAAACCUCUCAUAGGGGUUCAGAAGUCUAUGCUAACGUUGAGACGGACUUCCAACACGAGUCUCGCUUACGAAAACAUUACCGUGUGUCAGUCACAACCGCAUGGGGGAAAGAAGCGAUAUCUCUCCAUGUGUACGAUGCUAAAAGACAUGGACGCUGCAGUGCCACCGUGGUUGGAUUACCACCGUCAUUUAGGUAUUGAACAUGUCUACAUCUAUGACAACUCCAGAACUUCUACCCUUAAUCAGACAGUUCGUCGGUAUCUAGACAGUGGAUUUCUCACCAUUAUCCCAUGGGCUCAUGUCCACUCACCCGGUAAGACUUAUCUAGAAGUUCAAAUAGCCCACGAAAACGAUUGUUUGUGGCGGAAUCGUUAUCGGACGGACUGGAUGAUUAAAAUUGACGUGGACGAGUUUUUGCAACCCAUGGACUCUUCUAUGCCAUCGAUACCUGACGUCUUACGUAAAUAUACAGUUGUAAUGGACUCCAUCGGUUCCUUAAGGAUUCAGAACUGGUUCUUUUGUCGAGGAUGGAACCAAACGAGGCGACAUCAUCACGAGAGCGUCUUCGAGAGGAACCAGUACCGGAGGAGGGAGCCGACACCAGUCAACAUGGGUCGAGACAAGGCAGUGGUUAGGCCAACUAAUGUACACUUCUUUAAGAUUCAUGGCGUGAAGCUAGGAGGUGAUACCAUCACAUUGUCACCGUUGACUGAGAUAAGAAUGGUUCAUUACCGAGGAGAUAACAAACUUCAUUCUGGGUUCAGAUGCUCUGAUAAACGGCCGGUUAAAGACAGUAGUAUGUGCCGACUUUGGGCAAAAAUAAAAGAGUUUAGUCUUAACGUCAAGGAGCCGAAUGGCAUCCAUUGUACAUGAUGAAUCACCGGCUCUUGUAAACCAAAUCUAGUGGGAAAAGUUUUAAUAUUGUCAGAUCUAAUUCUCUUAACCCUUCUUAAAAUAUUUGUAAGUAAAAACAUAACUGAAACUAGGCCUAGAGGUUCCUACUGGUUUUGAAGACGUUAUCAGACAAACAAGGGAAAGUGACUAUUUAGUCCGAAGAUGAUGCAUGUUCAUUAUGAACUUAAAAUAACGUAAGAAAAUAUGAGUAUAUGUACAUUAUAAUAACACCUAACAACAUUGGGAAUCCAAAGGCCAACAUUGUAACGGAUAUCAUAGGCCUGGUCAUGGGACAGGGAGAUAGUCAUAAGACAGGGAUCAUAUGAUAGAAUUAAAUUUUAAAAAUGAUCCUUUUCAAAUUCGUCACAGUAACUUCCGGUCUGAUGAUGUCAUAAUUUUAAAACCCUGCAAAGUUAUCUAUGGUUAAUCAAAAAACACAAAGGGGCGAUUUUGAAAUUUUGGACGGAUGGUUUUAAAGUUAAAAGAAAGCAAACUCUAUUUGACAUGCCGCUAGAGGGCGCCCUUUCGGAUGAUGACGUCAUCAUGCUGCAUUUUUUGUUUAGUUAUAUUAAAUUUUUAUUACUUUUCCGGUAACACCGGAGUGAAAGUCUAGCGGUCAAAAUAAUGUUGCUCAAUGCACCGUCUACAACCCCAAACGUUUGGAAGAAAUGUGGUUCGUUUUGAUUUUGAGGCUUUCAGUCUGACUGUACUUUAAAUUCACCUAAAUUUUAGACCCGGAAGUUAAGGUCAAGCGAGUACAAGUGCAUUAUCAAUUAAUGGUCUACCUAAUUACAACAUAUGACCAUGAUUGAUCGUUUUGUUUAAGAGUUAUAAGUGAAAGAUGUUGGUCAUAUUUUCAACGAAAAUCGCCGAUGAAGUCAUCAUGACGUCAGAAAUAGGCACCAAGCCGGGGG